AUGGCUCAAGUCUUCGAAUGUCUUGAUGCCGAUGGAGAUGGCGAAGUCAAUCGCGAUGAGUUCCUCCAAGGCUGCGCCAGACUCCGAAGUGAUCCAAAGACACGUGACGUGAAUCGGAUACCAAUUUACAUCCAGUCGUUAGCCGCCCGAAUCGAGUGGUAUGAACAGAAAGUUGACGCCCUAGUCGACGAGGUGCUCGUGGUGUUAGAACGUAAAAUGCGAGAGAACGGGGUCGAGGCUAAUCAUUUCAAGCGUCGUCAAGGUGUGAGUCUUUUCAUCAGAGCUCCGAUUACUCUCAUAAGAAUAGCCGCCGACUGGGUGCAGGGCAUCGACAUGAGAGCUCUAGAAGCUCUCCGAAAGGAAGCGUCGAAGCGGGGUGUGCAUGACGAUCGGAAU